UGUGUAAAUGAGUCAAUCAGGCAUUUUUUCAGAGCGCAAAGAUGAAUAUUGUGAGAUUACUAACAAAACACUUCUGUUGUCUUGUAGGUGGCUUGGCUGUCAUCACUUGCCCGUGUGGCGUUGUGUACUCUGUAAAAUUCAAUCUCAGAGCAGAGAGCCCACGUGACUAUGUUGAUAUGCUGCUGUCAUGGAAACACUUCCCAAACAUUUCAGUCUAUGACUACGCGAGGGGAUUAGCAGUGCAUGCCAACAGAAGACAGCUGGACACGUUUGAACCAUUUCAGGGGAGGUUAUUGGAGCCAACUGUGGAGAACAUUAAGCAGGCAUCAGAGGGCAAGCUUAAAGUUCAUAUGCCUUGGUUGAAGAACCCCAAGGUGCCAGAAGACAAAAAUGGCCACCCACUAACUGGCUCAUCGGAGCAUUAUGCUCUUAGUGAUGUCUUCCACCAGAGCAACAGUCAAGAUCCAAGUGAUGUCCUUAGAAAGAUCGGACUCGUGCCUGAGCUUGUUGGUCAAAUAAACAGCCAGUGUGUAGAACAAUUGUUUUCAGGAAUGAGGAAAAAUAAUUAUUUCCUCAACAUGACCACACCCUCCAACCAUAUAUUUCUACAAAGAAAUAUUUUACACCAUCACAAUGUGGCGAGGAACCAGAAAACAAAGGAAGAAUUCUGCAAGAUUGUUCCUGCAAAUACUGAAAUGCAAUUGGAUAGCCAUGGCAAAAUGAUGGUCCUUCCCCCACAACCUGUACUGUGCACCAUGUCAUCAAGCCGCAGUAAUAACAGUGAGGAGCUACAAACGUCUACUGAUGACAGUGAGCUGGAUGACUUCACUAGUCUUCAGAAAAUAACGCCGAGCAGAGCAUGCUGGGGACAGGAGCUUCUGGACAUACAGACACAGCAGUUAGAGGACAUCAUCGAUAAAAACAGAAGUCCAACCGAGCACAUUGCAUAUGUGAACAACUUAGUCCUCAGUCGAUCCGAUUUUUGGAGCAUAGGUUUGGGAUCAGAAGUGAAUGGGAUGGUAACAAUACAGAACACAAUGUUUUGA